AUUUUGUGUUAUUUGUACAUAUUUUCCAAAGUUCGUGUAUAAUACCGUCUAUCAAAAAUUGCAAGGGCUGAGAAAAUUAUCUUAAAAUUACCUAAAAACAAGAUGCCGAAAGACAGAAUUACAAUAAUUGAACGCAUUAAUAACACGUUAUGAAAUUGGCCCUUAAAAUCUCAAAUCCUAUUGGUAAUUGAGAUCAAAAAAAUUGUGAAGAAAUUCUUGUUCUAGCGCUGCGCUUCGGUGCGUUAUCUGCAGUUUGCGGCGCCUGCAAUGAGCAUUGCAAUGGGUCGUAUAAGGAACAAAAAAAUAUGGCUCUAUUUCGAUAGAAUAUCAGAUUAUGCAGCACGUUGUAAGAAUUGUAAACUUAAUCUAUCCUGCAAACACACUUCAGCUAAUUUGGUGCGUCACCUGUAUUACAAACACCAUGUUGAUGCGAGCUACUAUGGUGCAGAACAAACUGGAUUUCUUAAACAAAAACGUGGAAGAAUAAAUCAAAGAUCUGGUGUUACGACCAAUGUUUCGCCUCCAUAUCUAUCACCGGUCGUUGCAACAAAUGACACAUUUGAUCCACUUGAAGAAAUAAAACAAGAAGUUGUGCCCUUGAAACUUGUGCGUUGCGAUAGAUCCGACGAAGAUCCUGAUGUUGAUGAUGACACGCGUUCGGCACAUGAAUAUCAACGACCAACUGCGUCUAUAUCUUCACCAUCACAGCAUACGCCAUCUACAGAAGGUUCAAAUGAAGAUAUAAGCUGUGGUUAUGCUAUUGAUACACAUCAUGCUAAUGAAGAGGAGGCAAUUAGCAAGCAGCUUUUUUUGGACAACCCACAUUUUAAAGAAAAACUUAAAGCAGAAACUCGAUAUUUUAAUGAGAUGGCUGAACUAGCUCGUGCUAAGAGAAUUAUGAUCGAAUUGCAAAGUAAGAAGCUGAUGUUAGAAAUGGAAACUAUGCGUUCCAACUGACUAGGCCUUUUCAAUCGUAAAUGCGUUAUUAGCAUUUCCAUAAUAUAUUGCUUAACUUGAGUGUUACAUAAAAUUUAAUGCUUGGAAUUUAAUGUAUUUCCCCCCUUUUAAUAUAGACAUUCUUCUAUUACUAUUAAAUUAAACCAUAUUAAACUCAACUAA